ACGCGCGAAUCGAUUCCCCCAGGACGCGGCCGCGUGAAGAGGGGACGACGAGGACGACGACGAGGAGGACGACGAGGGGAGCAGCAGCAGCCGCGAGGCGCCAUGACGAAGCCCAAGAGCAGCAAGAGGAAGACGGAGCGGGUGAAGGAGCCCGAGAGCUCCGCAGACUGCAAGGGCUCCGCUGGCAGCCCUGCCCCGGUGUCUGGACUGGGGGCGCAGCAGAGUUCGCGCCCUUCGCUGGUCUCCGACAUACAAAGCAUGAUGUUUGCAAUGGGGGAUGUUCGCCGUCCUUUGCAGGAGUCGGCUGCACUCAUUGAGGAUGUUACUCACACACAACUCGCGCUAAUGCUGUCACACCUGCACGAUGUGUGCGCCAUGCGAGGGGGUAAGCACAUUGGUCUGGAAGACAUACUUUUCCUCAUGAGAAAGGAUAAGGGGAAGAUGCGUCGUCUGAUAGCUCACCUCAACUUCCGGGACCUCAAGUCACGCGUGCUACAAAGUGUGCAGGAAGAUGAGGAUUUCUUUGGGCCAGAGGCAAGCAAGCGGCAGAAAGUAUGUGCAGAUGUACUAAGUGUGCUGGACCAGACAGGAAUGAUGUCAUCAUGGCAAAUGGACUCUGAGACCGAGGGUGUAAAGCAAGAACGUAUUGCUCGUGCUGAGCGACAAACAAGAGAAAUGGAUUCAGCAACAUACGCGGAGUUUUUUGACAGUCGACAGGCCAGCUUUGCCCGGAAGAUCGGGAAACUACGCGACUGGCUGGAUUUGUCCUCUCUCGAGGUGAAGCCCAAUGCCAUGGCGAUGGAAACACUGGCAUACUUGGCUCAAGAGACAGUCGCCACGAUUGUGGAAUUGUCCCUUCUGGUGCAAAGAGACAUGGAGCUUCACAUAAUGAAAGAGGGAUUUGGAACGCAACGCAGAAUGGGUGUACAGAAAAUUGGCUCUCCUAUAACUCCUGUCCAUGUGAGAGAAGCCGUGAGACGCUAUACCGAACAAAAUACAGGAGGACCAGUUGGGCUGUUUACAAGUGCAUACAAGCAAUUCGGGACCCCAUUUUUUGCCUGCUAAAACACACGAGCAUGUGUACGCGAUUCUGCAGAACACUUAAACACAAUCGGUAACCGCCAAUUAUCAGAAGUCUGCACCUGAAGGCCGCGGGCAUGGUGAAGAAAUUCUGAGCGUUUGCAGGGAGAGCGCGUGUAUCGUCCAUUUACACGGUGGCAUUACCAGUAUCCCAAUUACGCUCUACGUGUGCAUACAAUAUUGUGUUUACAUUGUUAAUUUUCUAGUGGAUUGUAUUUAAUGUGAAGUGUGUAUUAUAAACUGGAAUGUGCACUGUUAUUAAAUCUCAAUGUCCAAAAGUAUUUUGUUUGGGAAGAAAUCUUUUGUUGUCAGCAAAAUGUACAAUUCCAUUAACAACACUGCCUAUAUAAUAAAAAGUAUUUAAUAAAAAAAGAUACGCAUAUUUAUUUUAUUUUAAAGCAGCAUUGUUGAUGAACGUGUUGAGUUUUUUGUUGCUUGGGCACCACGACACGCAGUAUCACCAAACGAUGUGUUCUAGUCGUAGCGAACUGAGAGCCAGGUGGUUCAAACCCUGCGCUCCAUAAGGCUGUGGGAAGUGGUUGGCAGAACAGUUGCGGAUUCUGCAAUUCAGUCUCGUCGUGGUUUAGGAGAAUGAAAGCUCUGAUCUGGAUCAUAUGGUAUUUGUGUUGUUUUGAAAAGCUAUAUGGUGACCAUGUUGUUAAUGACCUCUAACACGUUGGAGUGGCAUUUUAGAGAAGACCAUAACUAUUAAAAAUACGGCUUAGAAAAUUUUCAUAACUCAUUAACAUCAUAAAUCUUAU